AUGUUUCUCUUAUUGUUGAUUUUAUAAUUGGUUACCUCUUAUUUCAUUAAUAAAGACGAACUCAAGAUAUUCGAUCAUUCCCUACCCCAAGCUGCAGACCAUGACCUUCUUAAUGGAACAUACGCAGAGUAUCUGGCUGGGUAGAUUGCUGAUGGAGAUUAAAUUAUUGAUGUUGCAUCGUUAUCCUCAACCUUUAACCAAACCAUUCACGUGGCUAUCCUGACCCUCAAUAGACAACACACCUAUACUGUUUACUCCCUAUACUAUGAUAAGCUGCAAUUAAAACUAUUCACUAUAAAUAGUUAAAACCCUAAAUAUAUCAAUUCCUGUAAUUCAAUUGCUUUUGAUUAAGUCCAGUAUGUCUUAGCAUGUGGUUAGCAUUAUCAAUUUCAAAAUGGAACCUCAAUUACAUUAAACCACUCAGAAUUGCAGAAUACCAUUUAUUUUUAAUCUCAUUUAAAUGGAUUUAUUACUAUAACACAAAAUUAAAUCUAUUAUUUUGAUUUCAAUUUCGAACUUAUUAGUUAGUAACAACAUGAAGCUCAAGCCUUUUUGGUUACUGAUUUAUAUCUCUACUUAGCAUAGUUAUAAAAUAUCAUAAUCAUAAAUAUUAAUGAUUAGGAUGACAUCGAAACUAUCUCUUUUGAAUGUACUUAAGCAAUCAAAACCUUUGCAAUUUUCGAAGACUACAUAUUUGCUUAAUGCGAAAAACUGAAACAAAUCGAUCAAUCAGGUUAUUUACUUGAAUUUAAUCAACCUAAUUCAUCAUCCCUCACUUAAACAAGAAAGUUCAUGAUCAUUGACAACAAUAUUGCCUAUAACAUUAAGUACCAUUCCUAGAUUUAUUCUUCUCCCAAUAAGAUCUAUCCUUUAAACUAUGAUGAUCACCUUGUUACUUUCAGGAAUAACAAUGUCUAUGUUAUCUAAUUACUUGAUUAGAGUGUAAUUUCAGCAAGAAAUACAACGGAUAGUUUUAAAAUUGGAGAAUUAGAAUUCAUCGUGCUAGAUUAAGGUUUAAAAACCUUAAAGCCUUUCUAAUCUCCAAAUAACCAGUUGCAGAAACCUCAAACCAAAACCUUUUAUUAUAAUGAUUAUGUUAUUGGUAAAGAUUUAAUUGUAGGAGGAGAUGGAAUAGAUUCUGGAUUUCUUGUUAAGAACCUAAAUACUCAAUAAUUAAAUACUGAGAACUUAAUAUCUGUGAUUAAAUAUUAGUUUGACAAACUUGUUUUCUUUUUCCUCGAAGAUUAAACUAUUUAUGCUGAUAUCUGUCAAUUUAAUGAAUUAAAUAUUGAUUAUCACUGUAUAGAUUCUUAUAUCUUCACGAGAGUUAAAUCACCUAUCAAUAAUUUUUCAACAAUUUACGAUUAAUUGACUGAUUAAUUUGUCGUUGCAUAUUGUACCGAAGAUACACCAGGUUUACACAUUUUUAUAGAUGACAAUUUGUAUUUUGAGAAUGAAGAAUUUGUUAAAUACUUUUUAGGCUAAGAAUUUUUGAUACUGGUCAAAAGAAAGUAAGGCAAAUAAUGGAUAGAAAUCUUUAGAUUGUAAUUUGAAAUUUAUGAUUUAGAGGCCUAACUAUUUAUAAAUGAAAAUGUCAUUCAAAUAGUUUUUGGAAAUGAUGAACUCUAUAUUUUGGAUGAUAAAAAUUAAGUUUCAAUUAUGGUGGACUCAAUCUAUGGCUGGUAAUUAGUGUUUAUUUAAAAAUUCAAUUAAUAAAUUUAAUCAAUAAAUUAUUCUGAUGAUUAACUAAUCGUUAUAACUGAUAAAGAAAUAUUCGUAUACUCAUAACAUAAAAUUAGAGGGAGUGUCAAAUACAAUCUUCCUUAACCUAAAGUAGUUUAUUCAACAGAUAAGUAUCUCUAUAUAACCAAUACAACUCACAUAAUUUAAUUCACUUUUGCAUAACAUUAAGCUCUAUCCAAUUCUGUCUUAAGAAUAAUUCCCUAGGCAUUAAGUUAAAAGUUGUUUAUCAUUAGCUAUCCACAGUUGGAAUUAUUAUUUUUUAAUAGCAAAGCUAUAGGACUAUAGGAUUAAAAACAGUUUACCAUAUCUACUUUGUCUUCAAGAGAACAGUAUUUUAAUUUGCUAACUAAAAAAUUGCUGUUCUCAAACUCAUUUAAUGAAUCAGUGGAAAUUGAAACAACUGUUGUUGGCACACAAUUAGCAUUGAGAGUAGUUCCAUACACAAUGUAAAAUCUAUUAAAGCCCUUAAACAGAAUAAAUGUAAAGGAAAUUUUUGAUGGGCCAAUUUCAAACGUCAAUAUCAAAGAAACAGAUCAAGCCUCAUUUAAGUAAAUGAUUUCAAAAAGUAAAAGUAUGUCAUCCUAUUUAACUGAAAAUAAAAUCAUUGAUAUCUUAUAUUUAUAAAAAGAUGAGACUUUAUUGUUUCACUCUCAAUUACUAUAACUUUGUAAUCUAAAUUAAGAAUGCAAAACUUUAAAAUUAGUUUAAGAUCAAAAAUGCAAUUAGUUAGCUUAGUCUUAAUAGUAUGCAUUUCUGAUUUGCUAAAAUUACUUAUUGUAUUUUAAUAAAUAAACGCCUCAAGAUAUUAGAAAAUUAAGUACAAACUUCACAAAAAUAUAGAAAUUGAGUUUUGAUUAAAACUUAAUAGCUAUUUAUGGUCAAAAGAACUCAACUACCAACAUUGCUAUUUACGAAAAUUUCAAUCAAACUUAUUUUAAGCAGACUAACGAUUUGCAAGAUGUGCUUAUUGUUAACAAAAUCCUCUUUUUAUUAAGGAGUAAUGAAUUGAUAAUUGUUGAUUCUAGUUUUAAUAGUUCCUCUAUUAAGUUAUUAGAAGAAUUCUGUAAAUAUAAUGAAUCUAAGCUUUUUAUUGACACUGAAUUCAGAUAGAUUAAGUAUCUAUCAAAUAACAAUUAUCUAAUGACAACAAACAAUGGUCCAACUUUUUAAGUUGAAUUUACUGCUGAUCGUAAUAUUAAAGUCAUUAGGAGAUAUUCAUCAAUUCCUGGAUAUUUCCCUCUAGAAGUGACCUAAAUAAAUAGUUAAAUCUUUUCUAUUGUUUUCUUUAACUAUUAAUAAGUUUAUGCAGUUUUCUAUUAAAUUCAGAUGCAAAACUUGAUUCCUUAUUUUUAAUCUAUACAAUUAGAAAAAAAGAUAUCCUAAAGUUAUGUGCGCAGAAGCUAAGAAAAUCGUUUAGUAAUAAGGGACAGAGUAAAUAAAACUUAAUUGACAGAAUUUGAUGUAAAUUAAUAUGCACAAAUAAUAUCCAAAAAGAAAACUGAGGAGUCUUUGCGUUUAACAUUUAUUGCUGAGAACUUUGAUUUCUAGUCAAUUAAUGAGACAAUAAAAUUGUAAAUUAAGAUAAUAGAUGAAGGAGAGGUUGAUAAUUAAGGCGAUCUUGAUUUGAUGGAGAUCUUUGGAUAUUCAUUUUUAGGAUUGUUUCUCCUAUUGAUCUUACUCUUGGUAGCUAGGUAAAUAAGGAGGUAUUGGCUAUUAAGAAAUUUCAAUUAAAGAGAGAAGAAGAGAUUUGACGAAGAGAAGGUUGAAUAUAAUUGAUUUAUCGACAAUCCUUGAAUUAUAAUUAAUUUAUGAUUGAUU